AUGAGGACCAUAAACGCCAACCAGUCUGUGAAAAUCCCCGACGGCAUUGAUGUCACAGUCAACAAGAGGAUCAUAGUUGUCAAAGGCCCCCGUGGUUCGUUAGAAAGGAAUUUCAAACAUUUAGCUGUUGAUAUAUACCUGCAAGGACCACGUAUAUUAACUGUUGAAAAAUGGUUUGGAACCAAGAAAGAAUUGGCCGCGGUCAGAACUAUUUGCACUCAUGUUGAAAAUAUGAUUAAGGGUGUCACCAAAGGUUUCUUGUACAAAAUGAGAGCCGUAUAUGCCCAUUUCCCCAUCAAUUGUGUUACUUCUGAAAAUAAUUCACUUAUUGAAAUCAGAAAUUUCUUGGGAGAAAAAUAUAUCAGACGUGUCAAGAUGUCGCCAGGUGUCACAAUUACUAACUCCAAACAAAAAGACGAGUUAAUUGUAGAAGGAAAUGACAUUGAAAAAGUUUCUAGAUCAGCUGCUUUAAUCCAACAGUCUACAACCGUAAAGAACAAGGAUAUCCGUAAGUUCUUGGAUGGUUUAUAUGUAUCUGAAAAGACAACAGUUGUACAAGAGGAAUAA